UUUAAUUUAAUUGAAAGGCAAAGGUUGCAUUAAAAAAAGUUUCAACCGAUUUUUUUUUUGUUUUGUGCAAUUAACAAAAUGAACAGAACGUUGAAGUGUGUUUUUGUUGUGUGCAAGUGCAAUGUGUGUGUUUUGUGUGGGCACUGAUACUGAGCCACCAUCUGUCGAAAAGGUGGAGGGCGCCGCGAGAGCGAGGCGGGGGGCAGCGCAUGCGGCGCGGGUCCAGGCGCCGCGCUCGCGCCGCCCGCGCCGACACACCCCCUGCGGGCCCUCGAUGACAUGCCGCCUAUACUCAGGUCCAACCCUCUAUACACGGAGGAAGAGGAGCAGGAGGUGGUCAUUAUAGUGGACGAGGAGGUCCCUGAGGGCGAAGCGGCGGACGCGCCUCGAGUGCCGCGGAGAGCGCCGUCUACCUCUUCGGGCUACGGCAGCGCAGGCGGCAGCCACGGUCGCGUCUCACCAAACUUACCAAAGAACGAGCAGUACGAGCCGGAGCCAGAUCUGCGGCUCUCCUCGGACAAGAACGACGGAUCUCUGAGGUCCACGUCGGACUCUGAAGCGAGCCCGUCGUGCACUAUGACUAGGAGUCUUAAAGAGGACAUCCGGGCGUGUUUAGGAUGCAGGGAAUACUCGAUCAAACCACCAAUACCAAUUCGAUGGGAAAGAGACAUAGGUGAUGUCGUGGAAGCAGCAGUACGCGGCGCGGGCGGCAUCAGCGCAGCCCGAGCUCGUCUGCACGCGGCUUUACUGGCCCUACACGAGCCCCCGCCGAAUAGAGGCCCUAGCCUACCCUACUGCGGGCCAGGGGUCCGACCUGGUGACGUCACUAUGAUGCCCAAGACUGAAAUGUCUUUACUGGCCGCCAGUGCUCUGUUCACACUAGAUGGGAGUCGUGGAGAAGAAUUAUCGAGGAGACUAGCCCGCGGUGAGCGGAGAAGAAGGCGAUGUAGAGCGGUUCUCGCUCUUAUAGCCCUGCUGUUACUGAUUGCUGCCAUUCUUGCCGUGGAACUGCUCAUGUCGAGGGGACAGCGUGUUUUCGGGGCAGUGCUGCGCUGACUCGUUCUUAAUGUUUUGUUUCAGGAAAUUUUCUCGAAAACUUGGAUCAACAUUGAAAACAAUAAUAAGCUGCUACUUAUUCUGACAUCCUGAUCUCACUGAAUUUAUUCCUUAAACUUGUUCUUAUCUGAAUUAAACCCAAAUGUGAUAACUACUUUUAUAUUACCACAAAAAAAAAACCUAAAAAAUGCAGUUUAAAAAAUUUAAAUCGAGUAUCCUAAUAUCAAUAAUAAUUGGUCAAAAUAUUGUAAGCAUGUACUUAACAGGGCUCUCUCCGUCACUCGUUUCAUAC